ACGUAGAACGGAGGAAAGGAAAGAAAAUCGAAGAAGUUGGAGGCGGAAACGUCAAAGGCAAAAAUCAAAUGGGCGCCAGUGAACAGAACAGACCACAAAAAGGAGGCCAAUGAGUUUUUAUUUCACCAGCUACGCUCUUUUGCUUUAAUUCCGCAGGGAUCUCUUGACUCAAACAUUCCUUUCACUCAUCAAUGACACCAUCCUUUCUUUAUUGCCUUUCAAUUUAGCCCCCAAAAACGACUCUCCAAGUCAUCUCUCUCUCUCUCUCUCUCUCUCUCUCUGUGGUUAUCUAUAGGUAAUUGAAAGAUCGGCGAGCUUGUGAAGCAUAGACAGAUACUUAUCAUCACUCUGUGAGUGAACCUCCAGAAAAUUUCAACCCCAAAAUGCUUUCACUGCUCGAGUUCCAAAAGAGACCAUAGAAUGGUUAAUGAAAGUGAUUUGGUCAUUAUUGGAGUUUCUGCUGGUUUGGCCCUUGGUAUCUUGAUAGCUUCGCUAGUAUUUUUUGGCAUAAGGUGGUACAAGAAUCAUGCUCAUCUCCGACAGUGUGCAAAUGAACGUAGUCUAACAACCCUGCCAAUACGCAUAAAUGGCUUGGAGACUAGCACUGACUUCAGUGCAUCGCUUACAAAUUCCAUAACCAUUCAGCAAUUGGAACAACCUCAUAAAAGUUCACAUUUUUUUUGGUGGAACCAUCACAGUAAAGAUAGGUUUAUGUCCGCACCAGGCAUACUUAGAUAUUCUUACAAGGAUAUUCAGAAAGCAACACAAAAUUUCACUACUGUAUUGGGACAAGGUUCGUUUGGUCCUGUGUACAAAGCUGUGAUGCCUGGUGGAGUAGUAGCUGUAAAGGUUCUUGCUUCUAAUUCAAAACAAGGGGAGAAAGAGUUUCAAACAGAGGUAUCACUGCUAGGAAGGCUGCAUCACCGGAACCUCGUGAAUUUGUUAGGAUAUUGUGUUGAUAAAGGACAGCGCAUGUUGAUUUAUGAGUUCAUGAGUAAUGGAAGCCUGUCAAACCUUCUAUACAAUGAAGAACUAGUUUUGGGCUGGGAAGAAAGGCUUCAAAUUGCUCUAGAUAUUUCACAUGGAGUUGAAUAUCUUCAUGAAGGGGCAGUCCCACCUGUCAUACAUCGUGAUUUGAAGUCAGCUAACAUACUCUUGGACCAAUCAAUGAGAGCUAAGGUUGCUGAUUUUGGACUCUCAAAGGAAGAGGCCUAUGAUGGACGCAACUCUGGUCUGAAAGGUACAUAUGGCUACAUAGAUCCGGUGUAUGUAACUACAAACCAAUUCACCAUGAAGAGUGACAUCUACAGUUUUGGCAUUAUCAUCUUUGAACUCAUUACAGCCAUCCACCCACAUCAAAACCUAAUGGAAUAUAUUAAUCUUGCUGCUAUGAGCCGGGACGGUGUCGAUGAAAUACUAGAUGAAAAACUGACUGGAAAGUGCUAUAUUGAAGAAGUGAGGGAACUAGCUGCCGUUGCUCACAAGUGCUUGCAAAAAUCGCAAAGGAAGCGACCUUCAAUAGGAGAAGUUUCACUGGCUAUAUCGAAGAUAAAACAAAGGCAACUUGUUAGGGAAGACACCAUCUCUUUUGCCAGUCGAGAUUUUUCCGGAGAUGUAAGCAGAAUCAAGGAUCAGCAUGUGGAGUUGAGCAAGAUGAUCAGCAUUAAAGAGAGCAAUUAAAUGUCCAGAGAUUUUCUUUGCUUUCAGCCUUUUUUUUUUUUUUUGAAUUUUUCUUACAGGCCCUUCAAUUUCUUCUCUUGCUCUCAAUCUUCUGACAAUAGAAUGUGAUACAAAAUUAGGUAAAGGAAUCAAUAGUUUUACCUUAA